UGAUUAUUUCAGUUUGGAAUACAUGUACAGUAAAAAAGUGUGUCUCAACAGAAAACUACUUUAUUAAAAUAGCUGCUGUCUAAUUAAGAGAAGACCAAUACCCCAUAUAGUUUAUAGAAAUUUGAUACCCUUGUCAAAACAUCAAUGUAAAGAUUUUGUAAUCUUCACAGAAUCAAUGGGCACUUGUCUUCCCACUUUACAAUGAAACCUGUAAUUUCUGUAAUGGUAGCUCUUAACAAAGACAACCGAGAAGCAGGUCAGUCUGGUUCUCAGGUGUUCUAUUACACACAGGGAAAUACGGCCCCACCUAGUUAAGUUUCUACAGUGCAUUCCCGAUGAGUGUGACAGCUGCAUUUACAGUACCUGCGUUCUACUGUGUUCACUAAACUAAUUGCACUCUGUGCUACAGAAGUAUUUCAAACCUACCUGCAUAUAGAGCUAAAAGGUUCUCUACAUAAAGAAACAAACCACAAAGUCAAUACCAUGCUGCCUUCCAGUGGAAUUCUUUUUAUUUUACUGCCCGUUAGUUUAUGGUGGACCAGAAGCAAUGGUUACAGUAGUACAGUCAGAACAACAAACACUGACAAUAGUUCAACUAUAGAUACGACUUCACCUACACACCAAGGAACUUCACAUCAGCUAGAUCUUACUGGAACUAACGGAAUAACUACUCCUGCUAUAAGCCAUGUUACGCCAACAAUGGCCAAUAAAAAUGCAACAACAAAAAGUACAGUAAUAGAGAUUAACACUCAAAGUAACAGUGUAACUCAGAGAUCCACUAAUGGCACAGAGUUAUUUUCGACUUCGCAUGUGGAUAAGGGUUCAACAGAUGGCACAAAUACCCCUGCCAAAAAUGUCAACAGAAUCUCACCAUCUUCAACAAUAUCCAUAACCAUGAGUGACUUGUCCACAGCGACUGAAAGCAACAUGCCUACAAAUGCUGGUGUGUCAUCGAAAACGGAAGCCAAAAACUUCACUUCAGUCACCUAUAAGACCAGUUCUACUGCAACAAUCUCCACCAAAGACUCUCUAAAGAGCUCCACAGAAGUCUCAUCCACGAACAGUCCAUCAAAUACACUGACCACAUUAUCCACACACCAGAGUGGCAGUGUCACAACAGACUUCAAAACAAUUUCACAGACUACAAAAAACGUACACCAGAAUUUCACCAACCAUUCUAUAGUCCCAUCAAAUCCGAAAGAACCCAACAAAGAGAAUCGCCAUAGUGCAGGAGUUGUGCUUGGUGCGAUUGUAGGAGCCAUUCUAGGAUCUGCAUUAAUUGGUCUGAUUGGGUACUUUAUAUGUGGGAAGAGAAAGUCUGGCUCAUUUUCCCAUCAGCGACUUUAUGAUGACACAAGGAGUGAACCAGGUCUCCGAUUAGAUAAUUCAUCUCAUGAUGUGAGCUUUGGUGAUUUGUCUUACUACAAUCCCAGCACAACAAAUGAGCCAGCAGCACAGAACAGCAGAGGAAGACCAUAUGAUGGCAUUCCAAUGGGUGACAUGACUUCAUCUCAACCCCCAGCAUAAUGUCUGGGGGUAACGUCCGCUGGCUUCAGAUUACAAACUCAUUUGUGAUCUAUGUGCCUUGUUUUACAUACAUUGCUCCCACAGUAUUUUGCAAGUUUAUUUUCCCUGAAGUAAUCCUAUGGCUAUUAACAUGAAAGGCUUUGGAUAGCAUAUCUGAAAUCACAAGAUAUAUUAACACAUGCCAGUCAUACACUGCUGUGCCAGAGCACCACUGUCCCAGUUGGUAAUUAAACUAAAUUCAAUGCUCAAUCUGCUUCUGUGUUAAAAGGCACUAUGCUAUCUUUUAAAAAAACAAUAUUGGUAAACUGUACAGAAACAGGAAAAAUCCUGUUUGUUGGACCUGGGCAACUUCCUUUGGCCUCAGUCGAGGUUGCAAACAUGUAAUGGAGCAAAAUACAACCAGGAUCCUAAGGAAAGUUUAGCACCAAGACAAAAUAACCAUAAUGACUAUCUUGAUGAGAAGCAGCUUUCUUCAAAUGUCAUUUCCUUCAGAUCUGCAGCUCGGGGGAUUUCCUCCUCGCCUUGAUAUUUGCAUCUUCCCGAGAGAAAAAAAGCUAUAAGGCACUGGUUUUAAUUACAUUACUUACAGCUUGCAAUUUGCCAAGCCAAAGUGAAUUACUGUUUAUCAUGAAGAGAAUUUGCUCACACUGAUAGAGUUACAAUUACUACAAAAAGGAGACAACAAGAAUGAAUAGUCAACACUUCCUCCUCCUCUGCACCAGUUGGUCUAUUAUCUGCAUUGCAGGUUAGGAUCUGUAGAAAUGAUGCAGCAUAUUUUGGGAUGGGCUAUGUGGAAGGAAGGAAUUAUCUUUGGGUAAAAAAUAUAAAAAGAAUCCAGAGAACCACAGUUUAAAAUCUUGCUCAUUCAGCAAGUCUAAAAAUCAUUGAGAUAUCCAAAAUAAUAGUAUAAUGUAUCUGUUUAUAGCUACCUAAGAUGCCUAAAGACAUAAGAAGGGCUUUAUGAAGGUAAAACAUUACUGGUAAAAACAACAUGAUGCUUAGGGAUCUCAAAGAUUAAGGGGCUUAAUAUUUGUGUGGGACAUAUGUUUAUUGCUGUGGAUCUUAAUGUGUGUUAUUAAGAGUGGAUACUUUGGGCCCAGUCAGUGGAGCUACACCCACAAAUAUCAGCUGAGAACUUGGCCACGAGUGUGUUAAGUUCACAAAGAAAAAAAGAAAUAAGAUGUUAAACUUCACUCAUUUGCAACUGUGAUAAUCUAAUGUAAGUGAAUAUAGAUAAGUGUAUAAGUGAACCAUGACUACAGCAAAACAAAAUUAAAAUCUCCAUCACUGUGCUGGGUCUUCAAAGCACCCUGAACUGUCAGGGGUUUGACCAUGAGGAUAAAUGGAAUUUCCCUUGACUUUUUUCUGGUAUACCCUCUGUUUUAGAGAGUAGCACAGGGUUGAUACCGGAUCAAGGGCUGAAGAGCAAUUGCUAGAGGGCCACUCAACCAGCUAUCAGUGCUGUCUGCCUCAGAGAAAGCAGGGACUUUGCCUUAGGAUUGGGGAGAAGCCAGAAAAGCUCAGCGGAGUAUUUCAUUAUUCUGACAUUCAUACUAAACAAAAAAUUGACACAAGUAGCACCUGGGUGAUAGCUAAUGGCUGUACACAUAUCUGCAUAUUGUGUGCAGAAGGACAAAUCACAUGGCCAUGAAUUUUGGAGGCUUUAUAUAAUUAAAUAAUAAUAGGAACCAUUGUGUUGUGUGCUUACAACAGCAAGGUGGGGAUGUAACAAUGAAUUGCCACAGCUGCAAGCAUUACAAGUGCACACACCAGAUGUUUUCAUUGGUUUUGUCUCCUAUUGAUCACCCCAUUUUUUUUUUAUUUAAUUAAGUGGUUUGCAUAUCUAUUUUUGCUAGCAAGGACAUCAAAACAUGAGUGAUGUUCAACCACACAUUGUGGAUUAACACUUUUGAAACUCCUCCUUUUCUUCUUUGCACUUGCUGCAGCUGGGAGAGUGAGAAAUGCCUGUUCAUGUGUAUUAUAUAAAUACAGCAUCUGUGUGGCAUUUAACCUCACCACAAUGGUACAGCAUUGGUUUGAAUAGUCAGUGCUCUGUGUGGACCAAUGUUAAAGUCUCAGGGUACAAAUAUGCAGCACUUUCACUGGAAGAACUAUCUCCCCAUCUAUCUCAUAUAUUUACAGCAUGCUAAUCUUAUUAUAAUCUAGGUGUUGCCACUGACUUCCCAUUGCAAACUUGUUAUCGACGGCAAUGAAAGAUCACUGGAUCAGACCCCUCAGUGUUGUAAAAACUGCAUCUGCCUUCUUUUGAACAAAGAAAUGUUAUGCAAUGGUAACUCCUGUUCAAGAGUCACUUCUGAGCAUUUACUCUUUGUUUGAUGCCUCCUGGUGUGGAGCAUAAUGUCACAGUGAAUGCAGAGAGGCUCUCGAAGAACAGAAUAAUUACAUGAAAUCUUCCUGUAAAUAGUUAACACAAAACCCUCUGACCUGCCUUUAACUCACUGUAAUUAGCCUUCGCCUACAAGCUUUCAAAUCUGUUAAUCUUACAGUGCUCCACAUUGGAUUACACUGAUUUUGGCCCCAAACCUUCAUGUUACUCUGUGUGAGUGGAUCCCCAUGAGGCUCUGCACACAUGACAUAGAUUGCAGGAUUAAAGGUCUUAUUUUUCUACAGUCAUUACGUUUUGAACAUAAAUUAGUAGUGGAGUAUUUUUAAUGUCCUACUAGUACAAAAACUGAUUU